ACAGUCAGACCUCCACCGACUCAGAGUCGAUCUUUGGGAAAGACGAAUCCCUCAUCGAUGAGGCUGAGGAUCCUCCCAUUGCCCCGGGACACGGCGAGCUGCGAGUCACUGCACAGACAGACUCUCAGACCUCUACCGACACAGAGCUGAACAUUGGGAAAGAUGAGCCCCUCGUCCAUGAGGGUGAGGAUCCUCCCAUUGCCUCGGGACCCGGCGAGCUGCGACUCACUGCACAGACAGCUGCGCAUGAACAACAGUCGAAAGUGAAGAUCGGAAAUAGACCGUACCGUCUGAUCUGCCUACUCUGCCUAGUUACAUCCGCCCUCAUCGUGAUAGUGGUCGGACUCUCGAUCCAUGGAAUGCACAGCGAUCUCCGUCACCAGUUCACUGAGAUGGAAACGAAGUACAGAUCUGUCAACGAAACCAAGGCUCAAAUCUGUGAAUUGUUGACCAGCAGAAGAGAGCAAACGUGUUCCAAGGACUGGAUGAAAAAUAAAGACCGGUGUUAUUACGUAUCCACGUUUGAAGCAUCUUUCCGCCAAGCGAUGGAAGAAUGUUCAAACCGUGACUCAAGGCUGCUGGAAAUCAAUUCAAGGGAUGAAGCGAGCUUUGCAUCCAACAAACUGUUGUACCGAAACAUUGCACUCUGGAUUGGAAAAUGCGAAAACGGGACUGUGGGCAUGACCCUCUUGUACAAUGUGUCCCCGUGGACGUCCAACUGCAGAGACUGCGAGGCGUACUUAGGGAGUUACCCUUGUGAUAGAGAUCGGCGUUUCAUCUGCGAGAAGUCGGCACCUUUGUUCCCGGAUAUUCCUGAAGAGAUCCAGGGUCUCUGCCAACAGCCAGAGGAGGCGAUGUGA